UUGCAAUUAAUCCAUUGUCACUUUAGAGUUUUCAGUGUGGUCGACGGGAUUCGACUGUCCGAUACCUUGCACUACUCUUUCGCUGGGCAGCAUAUAGAAAAAGCGAAAGACCGGGAGCUGUUGCGACUGCUUGAUGUAUACGUUUUCAGCGAAUCCGCGCAGCGUUUCUCGACCAUGAUUCAGAAGAUCGCCUUCGCCAUCGAGAAUGCGCUGAUGAACUUCGCCAGUGAACUACGCUCCGCCGGACUGACGUUGAUAGGUGUCCGAGUGUGCGUCGCCCCCGACCUGAUCGAAUAUAAAUGCGGAAGCUGCGGCAAACCUUUGCCGGAUGCGAUGCUGCCGGCUAUGGACGACGUACUCAUCCCGCUGUUGCAAAUGAAACUUGGUGAACACUGUUCUACGUGGUCGGCUGAAUUUGUGUUUGCUGUUAUUCAUGUUUAA